AUGUACUGUUUUUUUUGCUAUUAUUUAUGGUUUUUAUUGAUACCUGGCCCAUGAUGAUUAAUUAAUGUAUAAAUAGGAUAAUUUACUUCAUAAAUAUGACGCUGAAUUAUGAAUUUAAGAAACAAUUGUGGUGGUGAAGUAAAUGUUUGUUACUGCUGUGAAAUCGGGCUGUGCCCCGUUGCACGGGUUCCUGGAGCUGACCCAUGUUUGGGGGCGUGCCCGACAGAAGGGUCUGCUGCUGUUGCCAUGGCAGCCGGCUAGCUCAGCGUGUCCGCGGUCUGCAGGAAGGGAGGCGGUGAUUGUGCACACGCUGCGCACUGUGCGAACACACACACACGCACACACACACACACACACACACGCACACGCACACACACACACACACACGCACACACACACACGCUGGCUCGCACAGAGUCAACACGAAGGAGACGUCUACAGUCCCACAGUGCGAAGAGACAGCGGCAUCAACCAGACCUGGACACCGUCACAGUAUAGAGAGCAGCUGAGCUCGAACGGCAGAUCAGCUGAGCUGUGUGCCCCGCCCCGCCCCGCCCCAGAGAUGGAGGCACCCCAGAGCUCCGCCCCCUCGCCCCCCUCCCCCUUUGACCUCCUGGAGCCGCCGGGAGUGGCUGGCUUCCUCAGGCUGUCCCGCCCCUGCUGCUAUGUGUUCCCUGGGGGGCGGGGCGACUCCGCCUUCUUCGCGGUGGACGGGUUCACCGUGCUGGUGGACGGGGGGUCGGAGCCCCGCCCCUGCUUCUGGAAGCUGGCGCGGCGCCUGGACCGCGUCGACGCCCUGCUGCUCACCCAGGCGGGCGGGGCCAGUCUGGCGGGCGUGGCCAGCCUGCUGCGCCGAAAGGUGGCGGAGCUGGAGCUGGAGGAGGAGAGGGUGGGGCCCGGGGGCGGGGCCACAGCAGACCACGCCCACGACCAGCGCUUGGUCUCCCCUGAGAUUGGCGUGGUCUUCCUCAACGCCCCCCAAGGGAGCCCGCAGACCUGGCACGGCGGGUUGGAGGAGGGGGCCGGCGACCUGGCAGUGAUCCUGCGCUGCCUGGAGAGGCUGAACAUGGCGGCAGAGCCCCUCAGCCGCGCCCCCGGCCCCCACGCCCAGCCAAUCACGCUCUUCCACAAGUUCGGCGUGGGCCGGCUGGAGCUGUACGUGCUGAGCCCAGCGAGGGGCGGCCGGGAGCCGGACGGGGCGUGGCGGGUCUGGCCCGGGGGGGCGCCCGGGGGGGUCGACUCCUCCAGGGGCCCGUCGGACGCCCCCCCGUCCUGCCUGACGUCCAUCUGCGCCCUGCUGGUGUGGCGUCCCGCCGACACACACGAGCGGGUCGUCCGGGUCCUGUUCCCCGGCCGCGCCCCGCAGACCCGGAUCCUGGAGGGGCUGGAGAAGCUGAAGCACCUGGACUUCCUCCGCAGCCCCGCCCGCCCGCAGCGUUCCGAGGGGGGGCCCAAACGGGAGCCGGGGCCCAGGCCGGGAGGGAAGCGGUGCAGGCUGGCCAGCGCCCCCCCGGCAGAGAGAGAGGGAGACGGGAAAAAGAGAGACCCCCCUCAAAAAAAUGGCCGGGCCAAAGCUGCAGCAGAUAUGGGUGCCAAGGGCAACAGAGAAGGAGGGAGUGGAGUCAAGACCGGGGGCAGGGCCAGGGGAGCCGACCCCAAAACGCCCAGGUCCCCAAACCAGGCUGGGACACAGGAGCAGAAUACCGCGCAGAAGGACCCCUCCACUGCCAAACUGCAGAAAGACUUAAAAUGGGAGGUGAAGCGGGAGGUGCGGGCGGAGGAGAACAGACAGACCGGGGUCCCAGGACGGGGGGUCAGGAGGGCCCCCUCAGGACCCACUCUCCAGGGGAGGACUGAGAGGGGGAGAAAGGAUGGGGUGAUCCUUAGGAGAGAGGCGGGGAACAGGGGGAUGAAAUGGAAGAGAAGCUCCAAGGAGUCCGGUGCCUCUGAUGGAGCUGGAAUCGAGCAGCGGUCAAAUGAGCAGCGGUCAAAUGAGCAGCAGUCAAACGAGCAGCAAUCAAACGAGCAUCAGUCAGACAAGGAGCAAUCAAACGAGCAUCAGUCAAACGAGGAGCAGUCAAACGAGGAGCAGUCAAACGAGCAGCAGUCAAACGAGGAGCAAUCAAACGAGCAUCAGUCAAACGAGGAGCAGUCAAACGAGCAGCACUCAAAUGAGCAGCAGUCAAACGAGCAGCAGUCAAAAGAGCAGCAGUCAAACGAGCAGCAAUCAGACGAGCAGCAUUCAAAGAAGCAGCAGUCAAACGAGCAUCAGUCAAACGAGCAGCAGGAUGGAGCAGGAGCAGAACAGGAGGAUUUGGGGAAGUCCUCAGAGUCUCCGGUCUUCAGGACCCCCAGGGGGGUUGCGACCUUUGACCUCACCCCCACUGAGUACAGGCUGUUGGACGGGGCCUAUACGGAGGGGUCCCUGAGGGUGGGGCCAGAAUUCAGCCGUCCUGUGGGGUUCCCCAGAGGUAGCCUAGCAACUAACCCUGGCCCCUCCCCCCAGGAGAAACGCUCCAGCUUCCUGUUGCUCAGUCCACUCCGGGACCUGUUCUCCGAAACCUGUACCUACUCUGCCCCCCACCCCACCCCUUCCCUGCCCGCUGAGCUGGGCUCCCCACAGUCCACUGAGGUAGACGAGUCCCUGUCUGUCUCUCUGGAGCAGGGCCCCCCGCCCUUCUGCCCAUCUCCCAACGGACACGCCCCCAGCCACACCGCAAACCACACCCCCAACCCCAGGCAGGAGCUGUCCCUGCCCUUGAGGGUAUCCCAAACCGCCAGGCCCCUCCCCCUCGCGGCCACGCCCUACACCGUGGACCUGUGCCUGGUCUCCCCUUGUGAGUACAAGCAUUUCCAAGUCCCACAGUCCCAGAAUGCAUCACUGCCGUCUGGCCCCUACCCACACGACCACGACCACAGCGACUCCGCCCCCGGAGAGCUGGCCAAUCCCCACACAGAGCCCGGCCCGGACACGCCCCCAGGGACUGAGGACUGCCCCUCCUCCGUCGCGGCCGCCGACGGGCUGGACUCCGACGAGGACUUCCCGUCCUGCAGCCCCCCCGCCUCCUGCUCCGCCCCCCUGGGGCUGUUUCCCGGCGACCCUCCCCCUGCCCCCGUGAGGGAUAUGCCCCCUGUGCCCCCCCCACCAGGGGCCUGCAUGGUGGACGCCAAAACCCAGCCCAGGAGCACCCGCAGCACCGCCGCACUCGCCCCCCCGGGCCGGACCCCCCUCAGAACCAGGCCGGGGGGGGACACGCCCUCCGCCCACCCCAGCCACAGAGUGCCCACCUCCAGGCCUGGAGCAGCAGGCUCUGCGGGGAGCAAGGCGGGAGCUGUGGGCGGGGCCUGGAUAUGCGUGGACAUGGCGUACGUCCCCUCAGGCCCCGCCUCCUCCGCGGUGGACGCCGAGUUCUUCCGCCGCGUGCGCUCCUCCUAUUACGUCAUCAGUGGGGCGGAGCCUGGAGAGGGGGCGGAGCCUGGACAGGGGGCAGGGCCGAGAGAGGGGGCGGAGCCUGGACAGGGGGCGGUCCUGAGGUCCAUCCUUGAUGCCCUGCUGGAGGGGAAGGCUCGCUGGCCCGGCAGGCCACAGGUGACCAUAAUCCCCACUUUCAACUCACCUGUGAUCCAGGAGUGGUACCGGGAAACGCGAGAGCGACAGGAGGGACUGGACAUCACGGUUUUGGGCUGCAACAGCACAGUCGCCAUGCAGGACGAGGUCUUCCCCGCCUGCAAGCUGGAGUUCUGAGAGAGAGAGAGGGAGAGAAAGAGAAAGAGAAAGAGGGAGGGAAAUGGAGAGGAGGAGAGGCAGAGACAGAGAGAGAGACAGAGGGGAAGAGAGAAUGUUUAAAAACAAAAACACUCACUGCUUACUGCAAUUUGUUCAUUUGGACUUUUUGUCGCUGAUUGUUAACACGCUUAUUUUGCUGUGGGUUAUUCCUCAAGAACUGAACUUUGGUAAAGUUGUUUCGAAAAUACUUCUUCAUUCCUGAGGAAGCUCUUGUGGCCAUACCUCAUUUACUCUCGCUUUUCAGAUUUAACUCCAGUCCUGGUGGGCCAUGGCGUCUGCAGGUUUAACUCCAGUCCUGGAGGGCCACAGUGUGUGCAGGUUUAACUCCAGUCCUGGAGGGCUGCAGUGUCUGCAGGUUUAACUCCAGUCCUGGAGGGCCGCAGUGUCUGCAGGUUUAACUCCAGUCCUGGCAGGCCACAGUGUCUGCGGGUUUAACUCCAUCCUGGAGGGGCCACAGUGUCUGCGGGUUUAACUCCAGUCCUGGAGGGGCUGCAGUGUCUGCAGACUUAACUCCAGUCCUGGAGGGUCGCAGUGUCUGCAGAUUUAACUCCAGUCCUGGAGGGCCGCAGUUCACCCUGGAAAGUCCGGUCCAAGAAAAUAAUGAAAUGUAAAACACUGGCUACAAGGGUAACCGUGAUUAUGGAAUAGAGUAUGACUCGUAAGGACGGCUGUAAGUUAUAAGUUCUCACGUCAUUUUACUCGGUACAAUCAAUGUAUCAGACGACAGUUCAUAAAUACUGUGCAUGCGUAAUGUUGGAUGUAUCUGAAUAGUCCCGUCAUUUGCAGAAGUCUGUACAAAAAAGAAAGGAAAAAACGUUUGAACGCAGUUUAUAUCGAAACUCAAAGCGAAGCCGUAUUUGUUUCACCACCCGGAUAGCACGCACAUCGGAUUCAUCGUCAACAACAG